AUGGAUGCUUCCCCCUUGCUGCUCUGGCUUCUGCUGCUCACAGCCUGGCGGGCAGGGAGCGGCCAGCUGCGCUACUCGGUCCCCGAGGAGGCCAAACACGGCACGUUCGUGGGCCGCAUCGCGCAGGACCUGGGGCUGCAGCUGGCCGAGCUGGUGCCGCGCCUGUUCCGGGUGGCGUCCAGGGGCGGCGCGGACCUGCUGGAGGUGAAUCUGCAGAAUGGCAUCUUGUUCGUGAAUUCUCGGAUGGACCGUGAGGAGCUGUGCGGGCGCAGCGCGGAGUGCAGCGUGCACCUGGAGGUGCUGGUGGAGCGUCCUCUGCAGGUGUUCCACGUGGAGGUGGAGGUGAGGGACAUCAAUGACAAUGCGCCCGUGUUUUCGGUCAAAGAACAAAGGCUACAGAUUUACGAAUCUAAGCCCUCAGAUUCGCAUUUUCCGCUAGAGGGAGCUACGGAUGCUGAUAUAGAAGAGAAUGCUCUCCUAACCUACAGACUAAGUCAAAAUGAGUAUUUUUCUUUAGAGUUUCCAACGAGUCGUAAACAAACUAAAAGACUCUCUUUGAUCUUGAGGAAACCUCUGGAUAGAGAGAAAACACCAGAGUUUAGUCUGCUGCUGACAGCCACCGACGGGGGGAAGCCCGAGCUAACUGGCACCACUCAGCUUCACAUUUGCGUCUUGGACGUUAACGACAACGAGCCAGAGUUCGAUCAGCAGGAAUACAAGGUGAGACUAACAGAAAACAGUGCCAGAGGAAUGCUGGUGAUGCAGUUAAACGCCACAGACCGAGAUGAGGGAAUCAACGGGGAAAUAAUUUACUCCCUGAUGUCCGUGAAACCCGAGGGAGGAACGUUAUUUACCAUAGAAGAAAACAGUGGGGAAGUCAGGGUAAACGGAACCCUGGAUUACGAAAAAAACAAACAUUAUGAAAUUGAGAUACAGGCGAGAGAUAAGGGGAUUCCACCGAUGGCGGGACACUGUACAAUCUGGGUAGAAAUUUUAGACGCCAACGAUAAUGUUCCUGAGGUCACCGUGAAUACGCUGUCCCUCCCAGUGCCAGAGGACGCCCCACUGGGCACCGUCAUCGCCCUCAUCAGCGUGUCCGACCGCGACUCCGGCCCAAACGGACAGGUCACCUGCUCCCUCGAGCCCCACGUGCCCUUCAAGCUGGUGUCCACCUACAAGAACCACUACUCGCUGGUGCUGGACAGCGGCCUGGACCGCGAGAGCGUGUCUGGCUACGACGUGGUGGUGAGAGCGCGCGACGCGGGCUCGCCCCCGCGCUGGGCCAGCGCCAGCGUGCGGGUGGAGGUGGCCGACGUGAACGACAACGCGCCACAGUUCGCGCAGGCCGAGUACACGGUGUUCGUGAAGGAGAACAACGCGCCGGGCUGCCACAUCUUCACGGUGACGGCGCACGACGCGGACGCGCAGGAGAACGCGCGCGUGUCGUACUCGCUGGUGGAGCGUCGCGUGGGCGGGCGCGCGCUGUCGAGCUACGUGUCUGUGCACGGCGAGAGCGGCCGCGUGUACGCGCUGCAGCCGCUGGACCACGAGGAGCUGGAGGUGCUGCGCGUGGAGGUGAGCGCGCGCGACGCGGGCGCGCCGCCGCUGGGCAGCAACGUGACGCUGCAGGUGUUCGUGCUGGACGAGAACGACAACGCGCCCUGGCUGCUGGCGCGCGGCUCGGGCGGGCCUGCGGGGGCGGCGGUGGCUGCGAGCGAGCUGGUGCCGCGGUCGGCGGGCGCGGGCCACGUGGUGACCAAGGUGCGCGCGGUGGACUUGGACGCGGGCUACAACGCGUGGCUGUGGUUCGAGCUGCAGGCGGCGCCUGCGGGCGGCGCGCGCUGCCCGUUCCGCGUGGGCCUGUACACGGGCGAGAUCAGCACGACGCGCGCCCUGGACGAGCUGGACGCUCCGCGGCAGCGGCUGGUGGUGCUGGUGCGGGACCACGGCGAGCCGGCGCUCACGGCCACGGCCACGGUGCUGGUGUCGCUGGUGGACGGCGGUCAGGCGUCGCCGUCGUGGUCGCGGGCAUCGGUGGCGGCUGGCGCCUCGGCCUCGGCCUCGGCCUCGGCGGGCGCGCUGGGUGGUGCGUCGUCGCUGGUGGACGUGAACGUGUACCUGGUGGUGGCGAUCUGCGCGGUGUCGAGCCUGCUGGUGCUGACGCUGUUGGUGUGGGCGGCGGCGCGGUGGUCGUCGGGUGCGGCGUCGGAGGGCGCGUGCGUGUCGGGUCCGGCGGCGGCUGCGGCGGCGGCGCUGGUGUGCUCGAGCGCGGUGGGGAGCUGGUCGUGCUCGCAGCGGAGGCGGCAGCGGGUGUGCUCUGGGGAGGGCCCGCCCAAGGCCGACCUCAUGGCCUUCAGCCCCAGCCUUCCCCCUGAUUUUAAUAGAGAAGAUGAUGGGGAAGAGCAGAAGGGAAGUCCCAAUCAUCUUGGACCGGUAAGUUUUCUAAAAUUCCUCGUAUUGUGA